AUGCUCCGUCAAUCCCUCACCAACCUCACCCGCCCGGCCGUCUCCUCGUCGCGAGCAUUCUCCGUGUCCGCCCGUGUCAUGGCCGCAGGCGACACCGGUGCGCCCCCCAAGGGUCUGGGCCAGGCUGAUGCCUUCCAGAAGCGCGAGAAGGCCAACGAGGACUACGCAAUCCGCCAGCGCGAGAAGGAGAAGCUCCUGGAGCUCAAGAAGAAGCUGGCUGAGCAGCAGGCUCACCUGAAGCAGCUCGAGGCCCACAUUAACGAGAUCACUAAGGACCAGGGCGGCGAGCACAACUAA